AGUAAAUUAAAUUUAUUGCGGUCUCGUAAGACCAUACCUUGACUGCUUUUAUCAUAGGCAAUCAGACGUUUUCAACUAACCACGUGAGGUAGUCGCUAACAACUUGACGCACGGCGGGGUUUUGGAAAGGAUGAUCAGGUGACGCCUUUAUGGAAGUAAGCCAAGUCCAGAUAUCUCGGGUGGAGCGCACUGAUGGUCAGUCACAUUGAGAGUAUAGUUAAAUCUGCGAUGCCAUGGAAGGUACCUAUUCAAGACCACACUCUGCCAUAUCCCUGGGGACCGAAGAAGGAGCUAGCCCCACAUGCAACCAUGCCGAGUCACACCUCAACGUUGACCAAAUGCUCCAGGUGGUACCAAAGCGCUCAGAGAGCCCCAGCGUAACGGAGGAGACCGUCUUCAUCCCGCCGUCUGUGUCUUCGGUGGACGCGUGCACCAACACCGACCCACCAGACAAAUGCUGCGAAAGGCUGCAGAUGCUAUGGCCCCCAAGGGGCAUCAUCGCUGCCCUCAUAACCAAAGUGACCAUGGCAGCCGUUCUUUUUGGGGUGGUGUGGUCCAUCACGGUGAAGGAGUGCGAACCAGGCGGCAACCUGUUUGGCAUCGUCGUGCUCUUCAUCUGUGCGGUCAUUGCCGGCCGAGUGAUGGGACUCAUCCGCCUCCCUAAGCUACCUCCUUUCCCUCCUCUGCUGGGCAUGCUGCUAGCAGGUAUCCUCCUCAGGAACAUCCCAGUGGUCACUGACGCCGUCAAAAUCGACAAAGACUGGUCGGCAUCGCUAAGGACAAUCGCUCUCGCGGUCAUCCUGGCCAGAGCUGGUCUAGGCCUGGAUGGAUCAGCUCUGAAGAAGUUGAAGGGAGUGUGUGUGCGGGUGGCCAUGGGACCCUGCCUGAUCGAGGCCAGCGCUAUAGCUGUUGCCUCGCACUUCAUCAUGGGCCUGCCCUGGGUCUGGGGCUUCAUACUGGGGUUUGUGUUGGGCGCGGUUUCCCCCGCGGUGGUGGUGCCCUCCAUGCUGUUGCUGUCGAAAGACGGCUAUGGCGUGGAGCAAGGCGUGCCCACCCUCCUCAUGGCUGCGGGCAGCUUCGAUGACAUCCUGGCCAUCACCGGCUUCACCACCUGCCUGGGCAUGGUGUCAGCUACAGGGGCUGCCUGGUUUAACCUGGUGCGGGGCCUGUUGGAGGUGCUGGGUGGUAUGGUGGCGGGAAUUCUCCUCGGCUUCUUCCUGCAGUACUUUCCCAGCAAAGACCAGAAACAAGUGGUGAUGAAGCGCUCCUUCUUUGUGCUGGGCCUGUCUGUGUUUGCUGUGUUUGGCAGUAACGUGGCCGGCUUCCCAGGCUCGGGGGGCCUGUGCACACUGGUGCUGGCCUUUGUGGCCGGAGUGGGCUGGAAGGAAUCCAAGGUUCCUGUGGAGGAGAUAGUGGGAAGGGCCUGGGACGUCUUCCAGCCGCUGCUCUUUGGUCUCAUAGGCGCCGAGAUCACCUUCUCUGAACUAGACGGCCGCACCGUGGGUUUGGGUAUUGCUGCUCUUCUUAUUGCACUGGCUAUUCGUCUUCUCUUCACAUUUGUCAUGGUGAUGUGUGCCGGCUUCAAUUUCAAAGAGAAGAUAUUUAUUGCAAUAGCUUGGAUGCCCAAAGCGACAGUGCAGGCUGCUAUCGGGUCCACGGCUCUGGACAUGGCUCGCAAAAAGCAGGACCCAGACCUGGAGAGGUACGGCAUGGACGUGCUGACCGUUGCAGUACUCUCCAUCCUCCUCACAGCGCCCAUCGGAGCCAUCCUGAUCGGCCUCUUGGGACCAUACCUCCUUCAGAAGCCCAAGAACCCCUCAGCUUGGGGUCUGGGGGGUAGACAAUCAACAGACACCCCAGUCACCUAUGAGAGCGCCAUCUGAUGUGCGCAACACUGCCACUGCACUGGACAACCAGGGAAGGGGAGGUGUUUGGUAACUGAAGAGGUGACCUAUAACAUCAGAGGAAGAAGCAAGUGCGCGUCUUGGCAAGCAAGUCCUCUUCAGGGGUUUACCCGCCUGCUUUAAACGGGUGUCUUUUGCUGACCUGGUGCUGGAGCGGGUGAAUCAUGUUUGUAUUUAUAGCUCUGUAAAUUCCUGCUUACACUUUUCAUAAAGGGCUUAGGCACUGUCCCUCAUCCUGUCAAUCCACUGUACACUCAUGUCUGCACCUGGCUACUAACACACACACACAUACACACACACAAGACCAAAUCAAAAUUCUGGCAGCAUUUGUCUGACUUUUGAAAAUCAAAUGGAUAGCUUUCGAUAUACACAGAGUGCAAUAUCAACACUAACACAGAGUGUAUAAGCAUGGUACUUCAUACCAAAAAUGUGUGUUGUAUUCAUUUAUUUUAUUUAAAGAUUAGGUUGUAGUGUCGAGUUCAAGUGAUUUCUAAUGAAAUUAAGAUUAUAUGAAAAUAUCUGAAGAGAUUGGUGAAGUGAAUAGGAGACAUAUUACAUUGUAGAAGCCAGUAUUUAUGAAUAUAAAAGAUUAGGGAAAAUAGCCAUUUUGUCCAAUUAUGCUUUGUUGGCAACAUUUUUGUUGAAUGGAAAGCAGAAUCUUGGUCACGACAGAGUUUAAUUGCGGCCUUUAUGCAUUAUUGUGGUUCAGGUAUUCAUUCUUUUAUGCAUUUUAAAAUGCAUAUUUCAUGUGUCCAUUGAGAUGUUUUUUUUAUAUAUACAUAUAUGCUCUUUUAUUGUCUUGCCAUUGAAUGUUAAUGGUUUUAUUUUACUCCCGUGGUGAUGAUAGAUUUUAAUAUAUUUUGUAUUGUGAGGCUUUUCCUUGUCAUAGUGCUUUCAGUGUUUACAAAAACACUACAAUAGUGUUAAGAGUGAAUUUGUAUAGUAUAAAAUAAAGUUAUACGCGAACCUAA